GCGUUAUCAACUUCUUCACAAAAGAAAUGUUUCUUGAGUAGGUUAAUUUUGUCUUGACAUUCAUUCCCAAAUGGCGGGAAUCCAAAUGCCGUGUUCCAAGUGUUCCAAUCCUGACAGCGAUACUUCGCAUCGUCUAUGAUGUUAACUCUUGCAUGUAAAUAAAAUAUGAAGUAAUUCGAGCCGUGGCUACUGAGGGAAGGGGUCGAGGCGAGACGUCGGGGCAGGAACCCAACAGCGACAGCCAUGCGCGGUAUCCGCCUUGACUCAGACGUGGAGGAUACACCAGAAAAAGAGGCCCCGAGACACCGCAAUGUUGCGUGUGAAGGCGGAAAACAACGGGAUAGGGAGACUGCUGGCGCUGUUGGCUGUUUCACGUCCGGUCCAGGCCGUGCUCCUCCUGCUCGGCAAUCCCGGCUACGCCUCGCAUCAAAGGGAACCGCUGGUGGAGCGGCAUCAGCAGCUGCUGCCGAUGCGCAUGGCUUGAACAGCCAGCAACCAUGCCAUGAGCAGCAACCCCAACAACAGCCACGCCCUCAGGAUGCUUGCCAACCCGGAGACAACCCUCCAGGCGCGCGACCUUUGCAGGAAGCAAACCAGCAAGACACGACUACAACGCCCCUCAGACCCAAGCCGCUGAACAACCCGCAACCUCACCACGUGGCUCCUUUGGGCAUCCCGGAGGACGCUCCUGCUGCCCCCCGGUUACAUAGUCAACCGCAAGGAGGUGCGGAGGUGCAGGCCCCCAAGUCGGGACCCCAAACGGUCAGGCCGGCCGACCAACCACACCAGGAACCACACCAACCCGAAGAACCCUUGGCAGCAGCAGACGCAGUCGCAGACGCAGCAGCCUUGGGAGCAGCAGCAGCAGCAGCAGGAGACGCAGUAGCUGAGCCGACAGGCUGUGAAGCUGCUGCUGCGGCGGCAAAAGUGCUGCCGGGAGUCCCUCAGCAGGGCGACGAAGCUGCGAAGGGAAAGGAGGUGGCUGCGGUUGCCGCGGUUGAAGAGCGGAAGGGGAAGGGACAAAAGGGCAAGAGGCAAAAGCCUGCUGCUGCUGCUGCUGAGGCUCCUCCUGCCGGAUCUGCCGCCACGGGCGGCAACGGCAGCGGUGUCACUGGCACCGCGGCUGCUGGCGCGAAAAAGAGCGUUCAGGCGAAGUUGAGUUUCUUUGCUCCGCACGUAAGGCGUGCUUCGACCAACAAGACGCCUGCUGAGGGCUCAGAAGCAGCAGCAGCAGUACUGCCUACACCGGCAGCAGCAGCAGCAGCGCCUGGGGAUGCCAGUGCCGCACCGUCACCAGCAGCACCGCCUGCAGGUCCUCAAGGCCGCAGUGGUGUAGCGGCCCCUACUGCAGGGCCGGCAUCGGCUGCAGGGCCGGCUGCAGCUGCCUUGCCGCCUCCGCCGACUCAACCGCACGAGCAGGUGCACUCCGCCGCCCAGGAGGCUGUCAGGAAGGAGGAAGCCCCCGCAGCCGUAGAAGAAGGCGCAGGUGGCGAGGUGGUGGUUGGGGUCCCGGUUGAGGAGGUGCCGAUUGACCUGACGGGAAGAGGUGAUGCAGCGGCGGCGGCAGCGGAUAGGGAGCCUGAAGGGGAACCGCAGCGGGAGCAGGAGCAGCCGCAGCGCCAAGAGCAGCCGCAACAACAACAGCAGGGGGAGGUGUCUCCCAGCGGCCUUGCAGGGACACAAGCAGCGGCCGCGCCGUCAGUUGUUGCUCCAGCAGCAGCAGCACCAGCGGCGGCACCAGCAGCAGCGGCACCAACGGCGGCGGUGGCGGCACCAGCAGCAGCGGCACCAACGGCGGCGGUGGCGGCGGCAUCAAAACGGCUUUCAGCGCCCCGGCCACGGCGCCAGGCACUCCUACCGGGUGCACCACCGCCGCCGCCGGCAGCAGGAGCGACGGUGGCGGCGGCAGGCGGUGAGAAUGCAGGAGCAACAGCAACGACGGCAGCAGGCAUGGCAGCGCCAGCAGGAGGAGGAGGAGGAGUUGCAGGACCCUCAGCAGCAGCAGCGGCGGAGACCCGAGGGCGUUCAGAGGCACGGUCUCCUGUUAAGAAGCGUCAGCGGGGCAGCAGCGUUGGCAGCGGAAGCACUGGGCAGACGGACGUCGCCGCCGCCGCCGGCUUUCGUGGAGGAGCCGAGAGGGGUCGCGGAAGAGGCGGCGGUCGCGGUCGCGGCGGCCGGGUCGCCGGCGGCCGUCAAGGUGCUGGCGUCGGCGCCGCAGCGACGACGGCCGCGGCGUCUUCGGACGAUGACGCUGGUCGGGUUGGUGGCGGCGGCGGCGCCGCCGCCGCUCCUGCUCCUCCUGUCGUACACUCGGCGGCGGUACUGUCGGAUGGCGACGCUGACGUUGACGACGAUGAAGACGGAGGGGAAGAGGAGUACCGCCCUGCCGGCCGCCGUGGCCGAGGCGCAAUCGCCGCCGCCAGGGGCCGCGGCGGGAGAGGCCGGGGAGCCCGGGGCGGCCGCGGCGGCGGACGCGGCCGGGGCCGUGGUGACGGCGGUAGCGGCGCCGCCGCCACCGCGGUCAUGGGGCCUGGCGAUGGCCGCAGCGCCGCCGCCAGGGUUGCUAACGUAGAAGUGAUAGAAGUAGCAAACGCCGACAUAGAUGAACCGGGUACGGCAGCUGAUGCAUCCGAGCUCAUUGAUGUGAGCGGCGGUGGGCAUGCGCCGCCGCCUGCCGCCGGGGUUGGUGCAGGACCAGGAACGAAGGGGAACCCGCAGCACCCGCAGCCGCUGCCAGUGCCGCUGGUGAAUCUUGCCGUAGACGUCGUACCAGCGCAACCGCCGCCGCCUCCAGCGGCUGCUGCGGCGGGUCCAGUAAACGAGAUGUUCCUCUCCAUUGCGGAACGAAAGCGACGGCAGAAGCAGCGGCAGCAGGAGGAGGCGGCGGCGAAGGAACGCGCUGCUGCGGUGGUGCUGCGGCAAGCACAGGAAGAGGAGCAGCAACGGCGGGAGCGGGAGCAGCAGCAGGAGGAGCGCGAGAAAGAGGAGCGCGCCAGGGUGCUACAGGAACAACAGCAGCAGCAGCAACGGCGGUUGACGGAGGGUGCUGCUGUGGAGAGCAUUGACUUAUCGGAGACGCCGAAAGCAGCUGCGCCGGUGCCGAUAAACCCCUUCUUCCGUGCCCGGAAGCGAGCGGAGCCUCCUGCAGGCGGUGAAACAGGUGGCGCCUCUAAGCGGCCUUUCGCGGCCCCGGGUGGCGGCGGCGGUGGAGGCGCUGCAGGAGGAGGUGUGUGCUGUGGGGCUAGCGGCGGCAGCGGCGGUGCAGCAGGAGGAGCGAACCGCCUGAUGCGGUUUCCGGCACUGGCGCCCAUCCAUGUACGGCAACUUGACGAUGCUACCGACAGUGCAGCCGCCGGGCAUGGUGACGGGAACUGCGCUUUGUCUUGCUGCACAAGCAGCGACGACGCAUAUUACCGCCUUGAAGGAGGACCUUGGUCGUACAAACUUGUACGGCAAACGGCUCUGGAGCAUUCUCCUGGCUGUCGUACGGCACCCUGUGCUGCCGCCUCUGCAGCCGCAGCUGCUGUGCCGAUACGCUUCAGCUUCAUGCCUCCGCAGCGGUCCCAACACAAUCACAAGCAGCUGUCGGGCAACUCGGCUGUUGCUGCUGCCGAGACCCGAACAACGGACGCAUCAGCGCCGUCAGCGGCAGCAAGAGCUGCGGCCACGCCGAGCGCCUCCGGGGCAACAGCGGAAGCUGGUGCUACUGCUGCUGGUGUUGGUGGUGGUGGUGCCGUGGACGUACCGACGCUGUUGCUGGAGGAGCUGGCAGAUCACCUGGCAGCGGAGCAGUUGCGCGGCAUCAUGGGAGGCGGGAACGGGAACGAUGGAGCUGGUGGGAAUCCUGCGGAGCUCGAGCUUCUUGACGUUCCCGCCCGUCAGGACAUCUUGCUGCAGCUCCGCCAAGAGCUGGAGCUGCGGAGGCACCGCAUCCUCCUCUCCAAUACCAACAACUGCAGCAACAACAACAGCAAUAACAACAACAACAACAGCAACCAGCGCCCUGCUGCCGCCGCUACUGUUACCGGGCCUGCUGGUGUUGCUGCUGCUGCUGCUUUGGAGCCCGCCACUGCCCAGGAGAAGGCUACUGCCGACGCUGCUGCCACAGCAGCUGCAGGUCCCGGUCAGCAGAAACAGCCGCAGCAGCAACCUAGCAGCGCGGCAGUGCCCCAGACAGGUCCCCCUUCAUCUCCCUCAGCCCAGGGCCAAGGUACAGCCCAGGCGCAGGGCCAAGGUACAGCCCAGGCGCAGGGCCAAGGUACAGCCCAGGCGCAGGGUCCCGGCGAGCAGUUGUGGUGUGUGGCGCAGCAGCCGCUGUGCGCCGCGAAGGUGUGCGGAAACACGGAGCAGAUGGGCCAGUUGCGGAGCUGGCUGGUGCAGUGGCGCGACGUCAUUCAGCGGGAGGGAGUCAAGGCGGAGGAGGGGUCCGGCGCAGCGGAUGCGGACCGCAGCAAACGCGGCAGUCGCGGCGGCGGCGGUCGGCGGGGGGCCUGGGCUAGCGACAGUGACAGCGACUGGGACGCUCGAUCCGCGGGGGGAACCGCGGAUAGCGAUGAUGAUGGCGGCGACCGCGGCGGACGAGCGGCGGAACAUAAAGGCAUCCCCACGGCACUGCUGCUGCGCGGUCCGCCCGGCUGCGGCAAGACGGCGGCUGCCUACGCGGUUGCCGCGGAGCUGGGGUUCCGGGUGCUGGAGGUGAACCCCACCGCGGACCGCAGCGGGCAGCAGCUGCUGCGCAUGGUGGGGGAGGCGAC